AUGGAUUUUGGCGAUGAUCCACGAUCCCAUCAUAAUGAUGAUGAACUAUCUGACAAUGACCAGGAACUAAAUAAACUAAAUAAAAAGCCAUUUGAUGAUGUAAAAUUCGAUUUCGAAACUACUAAAGACUUAAAUAAGGACCUUCAUCUUCUACCUAAUUUAAACCGCAAAGAAGAUCAUCAUACUCCUGUAUGCAAACCUGAUGGAAUGCUUAUUGGUCAGGACAAUCCUUUCUUUAAAGAAGAAAACUACGCUAAAAAGAACCUUCCUCCAAAUUUGAAGUAUGAUGUUAUUGGUCCUUUAGGAACCGAACCUAAUCCAGAUAUUGAUACCUAUCCACUACACACAUCAAAAAAGAAUACACCAGAUUUUCCAAGUUUUGAUUUCAACAAACCCAAUUUUGGUCCGGGGAAUCCUGGAAGUUUUGGGCGAUUUUUCUGA